AUGAGCUUUUCGCAUAAAUGUAGUAUUUGUUGGGUAAAGUCCGACUGCCUUGUGGAUCGCAACGGACAAAGAAUCUCCGCGCGGCGCUGCUUUGACGGAUUGAGGGAGUUUCUAUGCGUGGAUUGCGCGUACGCUGAGGAACAUGCCUAUUGGGUGAGGAGCCGGGAGGCGCAACGCAUUCGGAAGGAGACCGAAAAUGCUACGAAGGCUUUGGAUAAUAAGAAUGGUGGCAUAAAAGAAGAAAAUGCGAACGGACUAAUAUUGCAGGUUCCACAAUCCCAACGUCUUGAGCCAGCGGACAUCCUCGCACCUAUCAUCGAAAUGGCUCCAGAGGCCGCCAGCGGCCUCGAAUCUACUAAUAUAUUUGAGACAGAAAACCUCAAGUCGAUUGGAAUAUUAACAGGCAGGAUUGAAAAAUCGGAAUCCCAUGAGACAGCAUCUAACUCCAAUGAUUCCGCUCGUACACGUAUACUUCGCAAAAGGGAAGCUUCAAAGGAAAAUGAUACAAAUCAGUUGACAAAAACCAAGCAGAUGAAGGUCACCGAAGACAAAAACAACCAAAAGCGAGCAUCAAGUGGCUACCAAUGUCAGAAAUGUCCACCAUCCUUCUUGAAAUGCUUGCUUGAAAUGCAGAAUCGCAACCACAAUCGGGAUCGCCCGUACCAGUGCUCCAAAUGCCCAAAAGCUUUCAGUCGGGCCACCUGA